GUAGAUUGCGUGCCAAUCUAGCAUUUCCGACGAUGGCUUCCUGCUUUGAUGGAUGCACUUGACGAUCUUCCAGAGGGGAUGGGUGCUGGGCAAUCUGUGGCCGAGGAAGGAGUCCCUCCAACGAGUCAAGGCUCUGAAGAAGCUGCAGCGCUUGGUCCGCAACUCUCAUCCCCGAAGACCAACGAAGAGAGUUCUGUUCAUCGGCAUGAAGUCGAGGCUGCCAACGAAGCAGAAACAGCUGAAGUUGCAGAAGCGGCUGAAGCAACAGAAGCUGAUGCAGAGGCUUCCUCCAACAAGGCAGAAUCAGCUCAAGCCGCCGAAGCCGUCGAAGCUGAUGCAAAGGUGACAAUGCAGGUUGCCCCCAGCGAAGCAGAAACAGCUGAAGUUGCAGAAGCGGCUGAAGCUGCCGAAGCUGAUGCCGAGGAGGUCGAGUUGUCCAUCACCGAAGACCCUGCUGGAAUAGAGCUCACCAACGACGCCGCAGAGGCUGAGGAAGAGCUGCUUUUUACAAUUGAUGCUGCUGGAGAGGCGCUGAUGACAGACAGCGCCAAGUCCAACGACGGCGAGGGCUUGGCAAGUGCAGCAGAGGUGCCAGAGACCGAUGAAAAGAAACCUGAUGAGGAAACAGGUGAGGCGGCAGAAGCCGAUUCCAAACCAGAGGCAGCGUGCAGCACUUGUGGGCUUUUUGGCCACGAUGCCCCAGCCUGCCCUUUCGCUCAUCCAGAGGACAUUGACCUUGGCGAUCUAGAGGAGUCAGACUCCGAUGAUGAACUGGCUGAGCUAUAUCCGCUCUUCAGCCGAUAUGUGCAGCAGCAUAUCGGGGCUCUGACGCCCAAGGAUCGCAAAGGCCUUACGGGAGGAGGGCGCUACUUUGGUCAGGAGAAGCAGCAGGCUUGCUGGGCCUGUGCGGAGACUGGCCAUGAUGCAAAUGACUGCCCGGACAAGGGCUGCUUCUUCUGCUCCAAGAAGGGCCACGAAAGCAGAGACUGCCCACACAAGGCCUUGAGAUGCAGUCACUGUCAGCUGCGCGGCCACGCGCCGGUGUCCUGCCCAACAUUGGCCACAAUGCGCCUGGCGGACUUCUCUCACGUGCGGUGCAUGCGCUGUGGGAUUCUGGGCCACCCGAACUGUGGGGCUGCACCCAAAGCGCCAGAUACGCAGGUCAUGCCCCAGGCACCGUCAGCACAAGAGGAGGCAGACAAGCAGCGGCUGCUACAGCAGAUUGCGGCAGGACGGGCAAGAACCAGAGCCUGGGACACUGCGCCCUGGAGAGAAAAGCCAGACUUGCAGGUGCCAAAGGCCAAAGUGGCCAAAGUGUCCAAGGCCGAUGUGCCGGUGCCAGACCUCAUGAUCUGCGACUAGGUUGGUGUGCCUCAAGGAAGCUUUGCCUCCAUGUGCAAAAUGCGGAGUGUCAUAAGCUUGCACGACUCAAGCACUUCUUUUCGAUUCUUCUUGCUUUUGUGUCCCGUGCCUUCUUCUGCAAAACAUGUGAACCGAAUAGACUGGAGACGCAGAAUUGACUGGAGACAGAAACCUU